AGUUGUGUAGGGGAGGGCGAGUUGCAGCAACCACCAGAGAAGGUGGUGGUGAGAAAGCGUCAAUAGACGUUGCUGCAAUAGUAGUUAAAGCAGAGAUCUUGAAGCACGCGACGGUGUCUCACAGAGUGAUGCUUCCUCGAGCUGUUUAGAGUUGUUCUCCGCUGUUAUUCCCACCCUUAGACGGACAAUAGGAUGGAUCGGAUCGACACACAAGCUGCAGGAGAUCAGCAGGAUCUCCUGCACGAACAUGACAACAGUUUGAGCAGCACCGCGACCAAUCCAGAAGCAACCAGUCUCCUACCAGACGUCACAUUCUCCACCAAAGAAAAUCAACCGCUGCUGAAGCGAAUGGGGGACGAUUCGUUGGACUUCGCAGAGACGUAUCAGGACGACCCAGAGUUCGCAGCCCUCAUCCACGAUGCGGAAUCGGCUAUCGAGAAUGGGAUCAUGCCCGAGAGAAUAUACCAAGGAAGUUCAGGCAGUUACUACGUGAAGAGCGUGCAGCAGGAGCGAAUCGGUGUGUUCAAGCCAAAAGAUGAAGAACCCUAUGGCCGUCUCAAUCCUAAAUGGACAAAAUGGAUGCAUAAGGUCUGCUGCCCAUGUUGCUUCGGGCGUAGCUGUUUGGUGCCUAAUCAGGGAUAUCUCUCCGAGGCGGGCGCCUCGUUGGUGGAUCAACGACUUCAAUUGAACAUUGUUCCGAAAACGCGAGUAGUCGCUCUCGUCAGUGAUACUUUCAAUUAUACAGCGAUCGAUAGAGCGAAAAGCAAGACCAAGCAAAGCGUUAGUGACAGGUUCCCGAAAGUUGGUCGGCGAUUCAAUCGGAUCGGCCUGCCGCCGAAAAACGGAUCAUUCCAAGUUUAUGUGAAAGGUUACCAAGAUGCGGAGGAAUGGCUCAGGAAGUGGGAACAAGACCCCCUACCGGAGGCGAUGCAGAAAGCAUUCCAGCUACAGUUCGAGAGACUAGUCAUCCUCGAUUAUAUUAUUAGGAACACAGAUCGAGGCAACGACAACUGGCUCAUAAAAUGCGUCAGACCGGACAAAGAGCCUGAGAGCGUGCUCCCGAUUGAGGAUACUGUGACUUGGGCCCCCAAAGUAGCCGAGGUCAAAAUCGCUGCUAUCGACAACGGGCUGGCUUUCCCGUUCAAACAUCCGGACUCCUGGCGCGCAUAUCCCUACCACUGGGCUUGGCUGCCUCAGGCCAAGCUACCAUUCUCCCAGGAAACCAAAGACCUCGUACUCCCUCAGCUUUCGGACCAAACAUUCGUUCAAGAAAUUUGCGACGAACUCUAUCAAUUGUUUAGACACGAUCCGGGUUUCGAUCGUCAGAUUUUCGAAAAGCAGAUGAGUGUGCUCCGAGGACAGGUUCUGAAUCUCGUCCAGGCUUUGAAGGACGACCGAUCGCCGCUGCAGUUGGUGCAAACACCGGCGGUCAUCGUGGAGCGCAAAGGUCAAUACGGAAGAGUCAAAGGUGUAAACGACGGAACUCAUUUCACUCAAAGUUUCCAACAGAGCGCGCCAUUCUUCUCUUGGUGUUGAGUCGGUCGCCGUUCCAGUGAGACAGAAAUCCGAACGACACCGGUUGUCGAAAUUCAGAAAUCCAACAGGAAGUCAUCUGCUUGCCCCUCCUAGAUCUUUCAACGAGUUGAUAUCUUGUUUUCGAAUCGUGCUCCCCGGCUAUGAUCACUCACCAGUCGAGGAAAAGCAGUUUCUACCUGAAUGAUGUCAUUGAUUCAGGCCGUUCGGUUUUCGACAGCGAAUCCAUGACAAGCUUUACGGUCAUUUUAGUGGUGUUAAGGAAAUAAACCGCCGGCGGUUGUUACGCGAUUUCCCGGUUGUCGAGGACAUACACGGAUAGUCAAGGAGAGAGAGAGGCAUUUGAUAGCGAGGCGAGCUAUUCUCUCGAUGAGAAAGAGGAUUACGCGCAGGUGAACGAAGUUAUUGAACUCCUAGGAGAUCACACUGUACCUAGCAGCCGUGUAUUCGAGAUUUAUAGGGACUCCAAAAAGAACCGUCUCGGAGGGCCCGAUCCUGCUCCAGAGCUGAUGUUCAGGAAGACAGGAUGCAUUCGCGAGAUUUCAAAACUGGUAGAGGGGACGAAAGAUGUCCGCACAUCGCUAAUAGAAAAGAUGGACACAGGUUUCGGAGUGAUUUCAUCUCUCUCAAAACAAAGGCCGUAAACAUUCCGAUGGGCUCUGUAUCCACGGGAGAGAUGCCGUGAAGCAAAAUGGAACUCGGCGCGAUCGGAUCCUUCGGAAGGAUUCCCCGAGGGAUUCGAAGCCUCUCAUCUCUCUCUUGUCGCUCGAGGUUUUUGUCAAGGAUUCCGUUGUUAUAUGCGUCACGGUUGGCGUGACUCGAAAAUCGAUGCGUGAUAGUCCGGACGCGUGUGAGUGCGCGUGUGUUUGAGUGUGGGAGCGUGACGAAAUCGAGUUCGUGGGGAGAGUUAUCCCGAAAGAAUUUGAGGGGACAACUCUUGAAUUGUAAGACGGGGAAAGAGAGAGUAUUUACACAUACCAUGUCUAUUUUGUUAUUUAUUAACAAAAUAAAUGGAG